GGCGAGGUGGUCCGCACCAUUGAGAAUCCCCGGUGGACAGGAGUUCUAGGGCCGGAGUCUGAGCGGGCGAUGGAGGAGGGGACAGCUGCCAGUACUCCUGAAGGAGAGCUGGAGGAGAAGGGGGAGAAAAUUGUUCGGAAACUCGAUUGGGAUAGUCCCACCGAUCCGGACAAUCCCAGGAACUGGUCCAUUUCAAAGAAGUGGAGCAGCGCGGCUGUCACCAGUCUUUAUACGUUCGUGGCGCCUCUGGCGAGCAGUAUGAUGGCGCCAGGAUUGCCAGAAAUCGCGAGGGCAUACGGCACGACCGAUUCGACAGUGAUUGCGAUGUCUCUUAGUAUCUUCGUUCUCGCCUUCGGUGUGGGUCCUCUCUUCCUUGCCCCCCUAAGUGAGAUGUACGGACGUCGCUGGGUCUUGCACAUAUGCAACAUCUUCUUUCUCGUCUUCCUAGUUGCAUGCGCUAAAGCGCCCACUAUGGGUACCUUCAUCGCCUUCCGGUUUCUCUCCGGCCUCGGUGGCUCGGCGCCCCUUGCUGUGGGCGGUGGCCUGAUUGCCGAUCUGUGGGACGAGAAGGAAAGGGCGAGCGCAAUGGCGAUCUAUUCUCUCGGCCCGCUUGUAGGCCCUGUGUUAGGCCCAGUGGCGGGAGGGUUUAUAGUCCAAAGCAUCGGGUUCCACUGGAUUUACUGGAUCCUUACUAUCCUCACCGGAGUAUCCUCUAUCCUCGGCGUCAUUCUCCUGCGCGAGACAUACGCGCCCCUAAUUCUCUCGCGGCGUGCUACCCGACGAGGCAUCCGGCAUCUGUCCACUAUCGAGCAAGCAGGUCAUACGAGCCAGUGGUCCUUCCUUCUCCACAGCAUGUACCGGCCAUGGAUAAUUCUCUUUACGAGCAUUAUCUGCUUCUCGCUAAGUCUAUAUAUGGCACUUAUCUACGGUUUCCUCUACCUCCUCUUCGUCACGUAUCCCACACUAUACCAGGUGGACUAUGGUUGGGGCCCCGGGGUGUCCGGCCUCGCCUACCUCGGACCUGGCCUGGGCUUCUUCAUGUCGACGAUGGCCACAGCAUUCCUCAUGGAUCGGAUAUACGCGAAAUUGAGCGCGAGGAAUGGUGGCGUAGGGCAGCCGGAAUUCCGGAUUCCCGUUGCGAUCAUCGGCGCAAUCGUGGUGCCUAUUGGUCUAUUCUGGUACGGUUGGUCAGCCCAAGCCCACACCCAUUGGAUCAUGCCUAUUAUCGGAGGGGGCAUCUUCUCCUUUGGCAUGAUGCUCACCUUCUUCCCCCUACAAGUAUACAUCGUUGACACUUUCGAGUACGCCGCCUCAGCCCUGGCGGCCGCCACGGUCUUCAGGUGUAUGUUCGGAUUCGGGUUCCCUCUGUUUGGCCAGCAAAUGUUUUCCCGGUUGGGUAACGGAGGUGGGAACAGCUUGCUCGCGGGAUUGGCUAUUGUCCUCGGCAUCCCGUUCCCGGUUUUCAUCUGGUUCAAAGGGGCAGAACUAAGGGCAAGGAGCAAAGAUAUGGAAACGGAAAGCCUGCAAUAG